CAACAACAGGCAGGGCUGUGCCAGGCACCGGGGAGAGAGACGGAACCGAGCAGCGGUGCCGGCCCCCAGCAGCCUGGGAACAGAAAGGGAGGCGGAGGCCGGUCCAGCUGGGCAUCCCUGAGAGGAAGAGGAGGGUGGGGGGUGAAGGUCACGAGGGUGGAGGUGGAGGUGACGUUCAGGCUCACGGGGCCCCUCCUGGGAGCUCAGCUGGCUGAGCCGGACGUGAGCAGGGAGGCUCUCCCCAGCCUGGGAGAAUGCAUGGCCACGCUUGGCAGGGAGGUGCCGCCGGGGCCGGCCUGGGAGUGCUGGCCGUUGGUCUCCUUUCUGACUGAUGGGAGAGCAUCUGGACUGGAGACGGUCAGCAGGGUGCAGGGCCAGCACGUGGGCUGGGAAUGUGCCCUCCGGCAGUUUGGGAAGCCGAGGCAUCCCGGAGUGGGGACCGGGAUCUGCGCCCUGGGGACUGCUGGACGAGACCAGAGGUGGCUGCUUCGGUGGGGGAACCGCUCCCGCCUCUCCUACUGCCUGUGCUCUGCUCCUGGGUCAGCGGGCAAAAGUCCAAGGCUCGGCAGCCCCGGGGCAGCGGCAAGAUCACUGGCACAGGGACCUCCGGCCGAGAGAGAGGAGAGUGACCGCCAGGAGUUACCAGAGACCGGGUGCAGGUGUGCCGGUGCCGAGGUUCGGCCAGCGCCAACUUCCGCCUCUCACAGCAGCCAGCGGCUUUCCCCGUCACAGCUGCCCAGGCCCCCAGCGGCAGGGGCAGAGCAGGCUUUGGCCCCCAGCCCUGCCUGCCAGCGCCGCGUGGACUCCAGACCAGCAGCUGGCCGUGGGGCCGAGCGGAGUGCCGAGACCCAUUCAGCUGGCCGCGAGCCCUGCUCCCCAGAUGCAGAUCCGGCAGGGCGACGGCAGGCCGCACAGGAAGCCCAGGUGCAGCAGGGCCUCGGGAAGGGUGGGGGCCGUGCAGAGACCCGGCGGCCGGGCAGGAAGGCCACGGGGCAGCGUGACCCCGGGCGGAGGCUGCAGGACACCAAGGUCGCCCAGGCCCGGAGGAAACCUCUGUGGCAGCUCUGCCCUCCCUGCAGGUUCUGCUUCCUGGCUCUGGCCCCGAGCCCGGGAGGUGACCUGCUGUGUCCCCGCCCACCCUUCCCCCAUGUGGUGUCCAGGCUCUUGGCCCCGCCUUCCCACCCCUUCCCCACAGAGCAGAGGUCACCUGAGCCCCCCCACCGCACCCACCCAGCGUCCUCAGCCCCCCGGGCCAGGGGACUCACCGUGGCCUGCCCCAGAGCCACAGGGGUCUCAGGGCCCCUCUGGCCCCAGCCCCGCCCAGCCUCUUGACGGGCACCCAGCCCCCAGCCCCCGCUGUCCCUGCGCUCACCUUGCCCGGGCGUGUGGGGUGACACUGAGGAGGCACUGGCUUUCCCUGGGCCCCCCUCCCAGGUGCAGACCAGCAGGUGCAGUGCCCCCCAGCAAGGUGGGGAGGGACCCCCUGGGCUGAAGCUGGAGGGCCCCUCCCCCAGCCAGUCCCGGGCCCCUGGGAUAUCCUCAGCCCUCCACCAGCACCGAGCAUCCUGAUUUCGGCCAGUGGCUGGUUGCCAUGGAAAUGUCCUUGGGACGUGGCGUGGAGAGGGCAGGAGAGGGAGAGGGAAGCCCCUCCACUCCUGCGGAGCCGCUGUCCGGGGACUCCCCUUCCCCGCCCACCAAGCCCAGGGCACCGGGAUGCCAGACCGGCGUCUUCCUCCCUGGAGAAGACCCUGCUUGGGCUGCUGCCACUCUGCCUGGCGGCCGGCGCAGGUGGGGAGGGAGGGGCCGGGCAAAUGAGCGAGUCAGGCGGUUAAUCCUGCCGCAGAUGUGUGCGAGCCGCGGCACACGCGCAGCCCUGCCUCCGGCUCCUCACUGUGCUCAGGGCGCUGGCCCCUCUGGGGAUUCCUGGCUGUUCCAGACGCCGUCCAAGACGAUGCACCUGGCAAGCCCGGGCGGCACAAAGCCUGGGGGGAAGCUGGCAGCAUGGGGCUGAGCCGGCAAGGAGCUCGUGGCUCCACACCGCGGGCUCGGGCACAGCCGCCCGCCCAACACGGCGGUCCUCGGGCCACGUCUGGGUUCUGGCAGCCGCCUGCAGACUUGGAGGCCUCACCCGAGCCCCUGCGCUGUGACCCACGUGCCUCCUCCCGGGGGUUCCUGCUUCUCCCAGCUCCCCUGCCCCUCCCCCUGCUCUGACUCCAAGCCCAAGGUGAACGUCCAGCAGGGAGCCUCCCUGCACCCCAGCAGGAGUGGGAGACAGCACCCCAUCGUCCCUGUGUGAGCCGGCCAGAGCCCCUUCCCUGCGGCCAGGCCAGGGCACCCACAACUCUGCCUCUGAGAUGCGGCAGCUGCUGGCAGAGACGGCCGACGGCCCGAGCACUCGUGGCCUAGCAGUGAAUGGAGGGGAGGGCGUGGACUCUCGGGGGGCUGUCCAGGGCCGGUGCCAGGCCGGGAGGCAGAGGAUGGAGCAGCGGCAGCCGGCCUGGCCUCGGGUGGCCCCAGCCCGGGGAGCAGCAGCGGUCAGCAGGGCUGGCCUCCUCCCUCCCCUGCACUGGCCACUGACAGAACCUAACAGAGGGGUGCCCAGAAGAACCAGGGGCAGCAGCCUGGCACUGCUAGGGCCUGGGCGCCGCUGAGGAGUGGGCAAGAGGAGUCCUCCCUGGACAGCUCCCCUGCCUGCAGACACAGGGCCAGCAGCCGAGCCCCCGCCCCCCGCCCCGUGCCCUGGAGGGGCACUUCCAGCGGCCACAGGCCCUGCCUGAGGAGGUCAGGAGGCAGCCAGGUGCUGCCCCCAGAGCUGGCCUGUGCUGCCAUGGCACCCCUCCCCCACCCACACUUCCUCCGUUCCGGAACUCACGGUUGGAGGUUAUGGGAGGCCCACUCGUGUGGGACAGGCGGGGGAGGGGAGCGGGGCAGAGCAGGAGAAGCGUCCUCCUAGCCCGAAGCCCUGAGAAGGCCAGACGAGGGGGAGGGUCCGGGGCCCGCCCCUGCUGGAGGAGCGCCUUGUGGGGGGGGGGCCGGCUGGUCGCUGCGUGAGCAGCAGACUCCUUCGUCCCUGUCUCCGGGGCGUAGGCACGCGGAGGUGGACACUGGGGGUUUCUGCUGAGCGAGGAUGCGGCCCUGCUUCAGACCGAAGACCCCUCGGCCGGCACCGGGCGACCCCAGCAGAACGCGGAAGCGGACGCUGUCUGCACGCCACGCCGUCCAGGCGGCUCGGGGCCGCGCGAGCUGGGGCGGGCGGCGGACCCGGCGCCAGGCGGGACCGGGGCCAGGGGCUCCCCCUCUGCAGUUUGGCCCGCGGGGCGCGAGCGUCUCGCUGGGGAAGACGACGGGAGAGCGGGAGAGCGCGGAUCCCCCGACAGCGCAAAGUGGCUGGGGCCGGAGCUGACCCGGUCCCUGCGGGCGCCCCGGGACGCUCCUCCCCGCGCGCGGCCGCCUCCUCCCCCGCGGCCUCGCUCUCCCCCUCCCCGCGCCGCAGGAGGCGGGCAGGUCCGGGCGGGGCCGAGCGCACAGCCCCUUGCUCGCGGCCCCGCCGGGCGGCGCCGUGCCCCGCAGGACCAGCUGCGAGCCGGGCCGAGGACCGAGCCGCCCGCGGGCGCGGGGGACAUGAAGUUGGGCACGCGCGGGCCUCGGAGCGGGGGCGCGGUGGGCGCGGGAGCCGUGCGUGUCUAGAAUCCGCUCGGUGCGCCAUGGAGCUCCGGGCGCCGCCGCCGCCGCUGUUGCUGCUGCUGCUGCUGGGGGCCGGCCUCCUGCCCGCCAGCGGCCGCGUGGAGACCCGGGCCCACGCAGAGGAGCGGCUGCUGAGGAGGCUCUUCAGUGGCUACAACAAGUGGUCGCGGCCAGUGGCCAACAUCUCGGACGUGGUCCUCGUCCACUUCGGCCUGUCCAUCGCACAGCUCAUUGACGUGGGGGCGAGAGCUGUGGAUGGGCCAGCAGGGGCCGAGGAGACAGCCCCCAUCUCCUGGUCGGCGGCAGCACAGCCGGCCUCGGGGGCUGCUGCAGCUUGCUCAGAGCCGGGAAGAGGGGCAGGACGAGAAGAACCAGAUGAUGACCACAAACGUGUGGGUGAAGCAGGAGUGGCAUGAUCACAAGCUGCGCUGGGACCCGGCUGACUACGAGAACGUCACCUCCAUCCGCAUCCCCUCCGAGCUCAUCUGGCGGCCGGACAUCGUCCUCUACAACAAUGCCGAUGGAGACUUCGCAGUGACCCACCUGACCAAGGCCCACCUGUUCCACGACGGGCGGGUGCAGUGGACGCCCCCGGCCAUCUACAAGAGCUCCUGCAGCAUCGACGUCACUUUCUUCCCCUUCGACCAGCAGAACUGCACCAUGAAGUUUGGCUCCUGGACCUACGACAAGGCCAAGAUCGACCUGGUGCGCAUGGACAGCCGCGUGGACCAGCUGGACCUGUGGGAGAGCGGCGAGUGGGUGAUCGUGGACGCCGUGGGCACCUACAACACGCGCAAGUACGAGUGCUGCGCGGAGGUGUACCCCGACAUCACCUACGCCUUCGUCAUCCGCCGGCUGCCGCUCUUCUACACCGUCAACCUGCUGGUGCCCUGCCUGCUCAUCUCCUGCCUCACCGUGCUGGUCUUCUACCUGCCGUCCGAGUGCGGCGAGAAGAUCACGCUCUGCAUCUCCGUGCUGCUCUCGCUCACCGUCUUCCUGCUGCUCAUCACUGAGAUCAUCCCGUCCACCUCGCUGGUCGUCCCGCUCAUCGGCGAGUACCUGCUCUUCACCAUGGUCUUCGUCACCCUCUCCAUCGUCAUCACCGUCUUCGUGCUCAACGUGCACCACCGCUCGCCGCGCACGCACGCCAUGCCCGCCUGGGUGCGCCGCGUCUUCCUGGACCUCGUGCCGCGCCUGCUCUUCAUGAAGCGGCCGUCCACGGUCAAGGACCACUGCCGCCGGCUCAUCGAGUCCAUGCACAAGAUGGCCGGCGCCCCGGGCUUCUGGCCCGAGCCCGCGGGGCCGCCCGGCCGGGGCCCCGCCCCAGCCCCGUCCUUCUGCACGGCCCCCGCACCCCCGGCGGAGCCCCGGCCUGCCUGCCCGUCACCCUCCAAUAAGGUCCCCCUUCAGCGGCCCGCGGAGUUGGGGAAGCCCAGCCCCUGCCCCUCGCCUGGCCCUGCCAGAGCCAGGUCCCUCAGUGUCCAGCACGCACCCCGCCCCAGCGAGGGGGCGGAGGACGGCCUGCGGUGCCGGUCUCGGAGCAUCCAGUGCUGUGUUCCCGGGGACAAAGCUGCCCCGCAGGCGGCCGGCUCCCCCGGCUCCCCUGCCUCCCCCGGCUCCCCCGCCUCCCCUGCCUCCCCAAAGGCCCUGCCUGCUGCACUCCCCCCAGCCCCGCCCUCCCUCUGCACCUGCACCUGCACCUGCCGGAGGGAGCCGCCUCGGGUGCCCCCAAGCACCACGCUCAAGGCUCCGCCCCCGCCCCUGCUGCUGUCCCCAGCCCUGGCGAGGGCUGUCGAGGGCGUCCAGUACAUCGCUGACCAGCUGCGGGCCGAAGACGCAGAUUUCUCGGUGAAGGAAGACUGGAAGUACGUGGCCAUGGUCGUCGACCGCAUCUUCCUCUGGGUGUUCGUGGUCGUCUGCCUGCUGGGCACUGUUGGGCUCUUCCUGCCACCCUGGCUGGCCGGCAUGAUCUAGGCCCCAGUGGAGGGAGGCGCCCCCGCCGCUGGACGCCCACCUGCCCCCUCGCCCAUGCCCGCUCCAGGCACGGCCGGGGAGGCCAGGCGGGCUGGUGAGUUCCGUCCAACAGGGCAGCAUCACAGGCGACUCGGCCACCUGCUGGCCUGCAGAGGGGACUUGCCAGGUCCCGACCGCCCACUGCUAGCCCCACACGCCCCCUCGACCCCCUGGGACCCCACAGGCCUCCGAGGAGUUGAGGUCCUGGCCUCUGCUUCUGCCCUCCCCCCUCCCCAGUCCCAGGCCCGUCCUCCUUCCCCCUAACGUGCCAGGAGUGAGUUCCUGAGUUCUCCACGCUCUGCCCAGCGGCCUUGAAGGAAGGGGGAGGCACCCGGAGGGAAUCGGGCAGCAGACCCCUCCCCCGGCAGCCCCAAGGGCACUGACAUUUCAUGACGUCCCAGGGUCUUGGGGGCUGCAGAGUGCCCAGGUCCCAGGUUCUGCCUCCGUGCACAGCCUGGGGACCCUCUCUGGGGCUGUAGAGAGAUGCAGGAAGGACUUCCUGUCUCAUAGGCCAGGAGAGGCCAGGGCUGCCUUGAGCCCAGCUCACGGGAACAGUUAGGGGCGGGGGCUGCAGAUCUAGGGGUCCCUGGUCCAGCGUCCUGCCUCAUCUGGGAUGGGGUGCAUGUGGGUACCUGCUGCCUGGAGGGGGGGGCCACGCCUCACCCCCAGACAGCAUUUGGUGGGAGGAAACCCCCCCUGGGGCCACAGGAGUCUCUGGACCCUCACCAGCCGGGGCCAGGCUUGGGGCUGAGCCUAGGGCCUCGGUGGUCUCCUCCCUGGGGCAGCGCCUGGCUCCCAGGGCCUGAGAGGAGUGAGUGGACCUCUGAAUGACGGCUCGAGGCCUCCAGCACCAAGCCUGGCUGGUGCCGGUACAGUGACACGGGCCUGUGUCAGCUGCAUCUGCCCACACACACGCUCAGCUCCCUUGGGCACCGGGGACCCGCCUGCUGAGCUUGGACCUGCCUGGCUUCUGGGAGCUGUCCAGGCAUCGACGCGCUGCGGACCCCGGGCUCUCAGGGCGAGUUCACCCCAGGACCACGGGGUGAGGCUGAGGACACCAGGCCUCAGAGGAGGGCAUGGACACAGACCCCAGACCCUAGUCCAUGCCACGUGGGCAGAUCAACCGCCAGCCUCAGGAGGGGCCUCGCUGUGGGCGGGUGGCCAGUGCCCCUUGCUGGCCAGAAGACUGUGCCGCAUGGACACUGCCGGCUGCCGGCCACCACUGGGACCCUCACUUCUGUCCCUUUCAGAAACGACAGAGAUCCCAGCACCUAAAGCAAAGCCACGGCCACCCCAUUGUCCCCCCAUCCCCCGUCCCUAUUGUCCCCCCACCCCCACUGUGCUGUCCACGGGCACCGCGCAGGCCCUCAGUUGGCUGAGAACUGGCGACGCCGCACCCAGGCCGCGCCUGCAGGCCCCCGUGCGUCCCCUCCCCCAGCUCCCAGAUGCUCCUGUUCCGGAACCUUGAGUGGUGUCCAGGGCCUGGCCCUCAGUAGUCCCAUGCUGUGCCCGGUUCCUCUGCCCCAGGGAAGGCGCUGUUGGCCCAGGCUUGGUGCCUGUGUCUAUGCUGACCGCGUGCUCUCUGUGUGUCAGGACGCUGGCCUCAGGGGGCUGGUCAAUCCCUUGUCCACCUCACAACAGCGUUUCCCACUCCUUAGAGACUGGCUGGGGUGGGUGGAUGGCAGGAGCCUCCUGUGGGACCCCCAGGGUGGCACACACAGCCUGGCCCGGCCCGUGGAAGCCCCGGGACAGGACCCAGGCUCCCCAGCCGUCCUGCCUCCUGCCCAGCCCCGCCCACUGCUCCCUGGAGGCAAUAAACCGUGUCAGGAGCUCG